AUGACAACCCUCGCUAACACAUUUUGCACAGCCCUCGGACUCAAGCCAACCUUUUCGAAUUGGGCCCAAAUCACCUUCAUCCACAUAUACAUGCUACAAGUCCGCUUCCGCAUGUUCCCCCAGUCACACGCACCAGUAUGGAUCCAGCACCUCACCAACCAAGCCUUCUACGCGGCCGAGGACCGGCUGGUCAUAUGGCACAAGUUCAACGCCAAUUCGCUGCGUCAGAAGCACCUCAAGGAUAUGUUUUCGCAGUGGCGGGCGGUGCUGCUGUCGUACGACGAGGGGCUGAUGAAGGGCGACGCUAUGCUUGCGGCGGCUAUCUGGCGUAAUCUGCUCGGCGCAAAGGAAGAUGUUGACUUUGAGAAGCUGGCACAGAUUGUGGGGUAUAUGAGGAGAGAGCUCAAGAGGCUGGAUAGUGCUACGGAUGAUCAGGUCGCGGAUGGGACGUGGACGUUCCGUGGUAGUCCCGGGGACGAGGCGCCUGUUGUUAAGGCGCCGAGUAGGAUGAUGGCGGCGGAGACUUCGAAGGCGUGA